AUGACCAUGAACACCCCCCACUCAGACUCUGCUCAGUCCUCGCGGACAGUCUCCCCCGAUCAAUCACGGCCAGCUCCAGCUCCAGCCCGUGAGGGGAACAGCCCAUAUGUUGCCGGUGGUACACCAGAGAACGAAUACGGUCAUGAAGAAAAGAACCUCAUGACCGAGAGUUCCACGUCUCUCCUCUAUCCAAGCCAGCCCAGCCCACUCAGCGGCUCAUUUGACGACCGUUAUGCAUCAUCCGACUCUCUCAAACGCUACACUUUACAAGAUUCAGGGGCCGCCGUCUUCCAUGAUGGCGCAUUGCAAGAUCCAACGGUCGCAACGGGUUACUUUCCGUCUCGGUCGGGCGUUUCCACUCCCAUGUCGGAGACGCCAUCCGAGGCUUGGCAGCACCGCCAACAGACGGCCGCGUCGGGCCUGCGUCGAUAUCCCACUCGCAAGAUCAAGCUGGUCCAGGGCUCCGUGCUGAGCGUAGAUUACCCAGUACCUAGUGCCAUUCAGAAUGCAAUCCAGCAGGAAUAUCGAGAGUCGGAGGAGGGAUUUCCAGAGGAGUUCUCACACUUGCGAUAUACGGCGGCGACUUGCGACCCCGAUGAGUUCACUCUGCGCAAUGGAUACAAUCUUCGACCGGCGAUGUACAACCGACACACCGAGUUAUUGAUCGCAAUCACAUACUACAACGAGGACAAAGUGCUUACCGCGCGAACGCUCCAUGGAGUCAUGCAAAACAUUCGCGACAUUGUGAACCUGAAAAAGUCCGAGUUCUGGAACAAAGGUGGACCGGCCUGGCAAAAGAUCGUGGUCACCUUGGUAUUUGAUGGAAUCGACCCCUGUGACAAGAAUACCCUCGAUAUGCUCGCAACAAUCGGCGUCUACCAAGAUGGCAUCAUGAAGCGAUCUGUUGAUGGGCGGGAGACGGUCGCACAUAUUUUCGAGUAUACCACCCAGCUCUCCGUCACGUCUAGUCAACAGCUCAUUCGCCCCCACGGUGACGAAUCGACAAACCUACCUCCAGUCCAGAUGAUCUUCUGCUUAAAGCAGAAGAACAGCAAGAAAAUCAACUCGCAUCGCUGGUUAUUCAACGCCUUUUCCCGAAUCCUAAACCCGGAAGUAGUCAUUUUGAUCGAUGCCGGCACGAAACCUGGCAAAAAGUCAUUGCUCGCUCUAUGGGAGUCCUUCUAUAAUGACAGGAAUCUCGGUGGAUCAUGUGGUGAGAUUCAUGCGAUGUUGGGUAAAGGAUGGAAGAAUUUGAUGAAUCCUCUGGUCGCUGCUCAGAACUUUGAGUACAAAAUCUCGAAUAUUCUCGAUAAACCCCUGGAAUCUGCCUUUGGCUACGUCUCUGUCCUACCAGGCGCCUUCUCAGCCUAUCGCUACCGUGCUAUUAUGGGCCGGCCCCUCGAGCAAUAUUUCCAUGGCGAUCACACCCUCUCCAAACAGCUUGGCAAAAAGGGUAUCGAAGGCAUGAAUAUUUUCAAGAAGAACAUGUUCCUUGCCGAGGACCGAAUUCUGUGUUUUGAGCUAGUGGCCAAGGCAGGCUUCAAAUGGCAUCUAACCUACGUCAAGGCUUCCAAGGGAGAAACAGACGUUCCCGAGGGCGCUGCAGAAUUUAUCGGUCAGCGUCGUCGCUGGCUGAACGGAUCUUUUGCGGCCAGUCUGUAUGCGAUGAUUCACUUCACUCGAAUUUAUAAGAGUGGACACAACCUCAUCCGACUUUUCUUCCUUCAUAUUCAGAUGAUCUAUAACUUUGCGGGUCUGGUGAUGACGUGGUUCUCUUUGGCGUCCUUCUGGUUGACAACGUCGGUUAUCAUGGAUCUCGUCGGAACACCAAGCGAAAGCAAUCGAUAUAAAGGUUGGCCAUUCGGUAAUGAGGCUACGCCAAUUGUCAACAAUUUCCUAAAAUAUGGAUAUGUCUUCUUCCUAAUGCUGCAAUUCAUCCUGGCUCUCGGAAAUCGACCCAAAGGAUCUCGCUUGUUCUACACACUCUCCUUUGUGUACUUCAGUAUCGUCCAAACUUACAUUCUGGUUUUGUCCUUCUACCUGGUGAAGAACGCGUUCACUGGAGGCACAUUGGACUUUAACCUAACGCAGGGUGUCGGCGCCUUCCUUUCCUCCUUUUUCAGUUCUUCCGGGGCUGGUAUAGUCUUGAUUGCUCUGGUCUCUACGUACGGCUUCUAUUUUCUCGCCAGUUUCCUCUACAUGGAUCCCUGGCACAUGUUUACAUCCUCUUGGGCCUACUUUGGCGGCAUGACCUGUUCGAUCAACAUUCUGAUGGUGUACGCUUUCUGCAACUGGCACGACGUUUCUUGGGGUACCAAGGGAUCAGACAAGAGCGAAGCCCUACCCGAAGCGCAAACCAAAAAGGACGAUGCCAAGUCCAACUUCAUCGAGGAGGUCGACAAGCCUCAGUCUGAUAUCGACAGUCAAUUCGAGGCAACUGUGAAACGUGCGCUGGCGCCGUAUGUGGCGCCCGAGGAAGAUCAUGAGAAGAGUAUGGAUGAUUCGUACAAGGCAUUCCGAACGAAUCUUGUCCUCCUAUGGAUCUUCAGCAAUCUUAUUUUGGCGUUGUGCAUUACCAGCGAAGGUCUUGAUCGGUUCUGCUUGACGAACACGUCCACAGUCCGUACUGCCAACUACUUCGCGGCUAUUCUUUGGACCACUGCUGGUCUUUCCAUCUUCCGGUUCCUCGGCUCGCUCUAUUUCCUCGCCAAAUCUGGUAUUCUAUGCUGCGUCUCUCGUCGUUGA